AUGCCGCGCCGCUCCAAGACCUGCCCCAAGUGCAAGAAGCGUUUCGCCACUCAUGGCAACAUGAAGCACCACCAGAAGAAGGUGUUUGCGUGUGGCAAGCAGUUUGUUAAGCAACGCGAGGAGCUAGCUAAACAAAAGAAAGCCUACCGAAACCGCUACGACUAUCUCAGGCGCCUCGGCCGUCUGCACGAGUAUCAAGGCCCCCUCCCACCAUUCGACGGCCCUACGCCAACCCAGACGCCGCCUCCACGACGGUCGACACGUCGCUCGACCACGGCCGUCGAAUCGUCGGGUACUGCCCCGUCCAUUAUCGGUCCCAUCAUUGUCCAUGUUCACUACUACAUGGACGGGCGCGCAGUUGACGAUUUCUAUGAUUAG